UCGGUGCCACGUCAUUUUUUUUUACGAUUUUCCCUGAAAAGAUCCAUCCUACCCCUAAACUUCCAGUUAAGAAAAAUGAGAUAUCUAAAUUAAACAAAUCGAAACUUUCACUAAAAAGAAAAUUGGUGCCAAAAAAAUUCGGUAAUAAAUAAAAUUGCCUUAAAAAUAUAUAGUUGUGAACGAUUUGAAAUGAGGCGUCAGCCGACCAACGUUAAGAGAAUAGCUGCUUCCUGCAAAAUGGUUUUGCCUUAAAAAUCAGUUUAGCCCAUUGAUGAUUGUGUAAUCGGAAAAACAAGCCCAGAAUUUUGGAAGAAAAAAAAAAAAUUUGUUCCUCCUUAGCAAUUCAACUUCAUCUGAAACAAUUUGCUAUCAGAAAUAAGAGUCUGAAGGAAAGGGGGCAGAAAAAUGAUUUCAGGCUUAACUAAUGGAAGCUGCUUUUGGCCAAAAGUUGUAAAUGUGCGUGGAAGGCACCAGUUUUAUGGAUUGAAUAGAGAAAGUUCAUAUAUUGGGAGAAACUGGCCCUGCCAAAAGAAAAGGAUUACUUGUAGCAUUUCUGAGCUAGAGAACGUAUAUUCAAGCCCUGAACAUCAUAGAAAGGACAAGGUUCUUGUUAAGAUGUGUGGUAUUGCAUCAGCGAGAGAUGCUGCUUUGGCAGCAGAAUCUGGUGCUGAUUUCAUUGGGAUGAUUAUUUGGCCAAACUCAAAACGUUCUGUUUCACUCUCAGUUGCUAAGGAGAUAUCCAGAGUUGCUAGACAAAAUGGUGCACAGCCUGUUGGAGUGUUUGUUGAUGAUGAUGUCGAAACAAUCUCACGAGCUGCUGAUGCAUGUGACCUUGAACUUGUGCAGCUUCAUGGAGACGGUUCACGGGCAGCAUUGCCAGUUCUUGUCAAGGACUAUAGAAUUAUUUAUGUUCUGAAUGCAAAUGAAGAUGGAAGUCUUCUAAAUGAGAUCUCAACCGAGGACUGUUCUUUAGUCGAUUGGGUUCUUAUUGAUAGUGCCAAAGGUGGCAGUGGGAAGGGAUUCAAUUGGGCCCAGUUUGAGGUACCAAUAAUUAGCAGCAAACAAGGCUGGCUCUUGGCUGGAGGCAUCAAUCCAGAAAACGUAUCUGAAGCCUUAUCUAUUCUCAAGCCUCAAGGGGUUGAUGUUAGCAGUGGAAUCUGUGGCUCAGAUGGGAUUCAAAAGGAUCUCAUUCGAAUCAAGUCUUUUUUGAAGGCUGUUCAUUCAGUGAAAUAUUGAUCAAGAAAAUUGUGUAUCCAUAAAGUAUCCAAUUUUCUUAACUAAUCCUAGAGAAAAUACUGAUUUUGAUUCGUUUGUAACUGUUAAGUAAGUCUUAUAACAAUCAUUUUGUAAACCACAGGCCAACUCUGUUUUGUUUUGUUUAUUUCAUUUGGUGGCUAAUAAGAUGUAUUCCCUUUUGUUUUAGGAUCAAA